AUGGUGGUUACAUUUGUUACUGGAAAUAAGAAUAAAUUAGCUGAAGUUCAAGCGAUACUACACGAUGUUUUACCACAUUUAAAAUCUGAAGCUCUUGAUUUGCCAGAGUAUCAAGGUGAACCCGAUGAAAUCUCCAGAGAAAAAGCCAAACUUGCUGCUCAACGCAUUAACGGUCCUGUUCUAAUAGAGGACACAUCACUCUGUUUCAACGCUUUACAUGGCCUUCCUGGACCCUAUAUAAAAUGGUUUCUCGACAAACUUGGGCACGAUGGUUUGAAUAAAUUAUUAGCUGGUUAUGAGGACAAAACUGCAUACGCUCAAUGUGUUUUUGCCUUCUGUGCUGGACCUGAUAGCGAGCCGGUUGUAUUCGAUGGUCGAUGUCCAGGACGUAUCGUACCAGCUCGUGGUCCGACUAAUUUUGGAUGGGACCCAAUAUUUCAACCGGACACUGCACAGGGUCAAGCAGGAAGUCAGACAUUCGCUGAAAUGGCUAAGACAGAAAAGAAUCGUAUUAGUCAUCGAAGUCGAUCACUUGAAUUAGUCAAGGAAUACUUUGCCAAGCAUCCAGAAUAUCAAAAAUAA